AUGGUCUCCAAUAAUUAUCAUUAUUCUAAAGAUACUUAUAGAAAAUAUCGCAUUUAUAAGAAUGCUAUUUAUUAUUCUUACUUUGAAUCUUAUGACAAUAAACUUGGCUUUAAUGAGGAGCCUCUUAUAAACAUUCUCGCUAGAUAUUUUUGGAAUUAG